AUGAGCUCUUUCAGUCUCUCGGCCAGUGACGAAAGAAAGCCUGUCAAAAACGUUCCACUUCAUCAGUAUAAUGUUCAAUUUUCCUUCGCAGCUGAUAUAAUUAUUAAUCAUUCCAAGACAUUUCCAGAUGGCGGUGUAACAAUGUCUGAACAUAUGAUAACAUUGAACAAGCGAAGCUUAUUUGGUGGCUUUUCGGCAAUAAAGUAUAUUCAUAUACUUAAUAUUGAUUAUUUUAACUUUACAACUGAUAAUAUUAUUGAAAUUGGUUUAUCAGAUUCAUUUUACGGAAUUAAAUCAACAAAAGAGAAUAUUUUGAGAUUUGUUAGAUACUUCCAUAGGAAUUAUCUGCUUAUUAAUGGUAUUAUCCCAACAAAUCUGAAAAUCAAUUUUUCAAUUGAAGAAAGUUAUAAUAUUAUCAAUCCAGGCAUUUUCCUCUCUCUAUCCAAAAUGUUUGAAGGCCUCUACAAUGCAAAUUGUUCUUUAAGAAAUUGUACAUAUUGUCAUGAUGUAGUUCGAUUCAUACAUAAGCUUAUAACUCAAGAAAAUUGCAUUGCUGACUUCUCCAGGAUGCCUUUAAACUUGAUGGAUAAUACUUAUUCCACUGCAAUUGAAUUGGCACCAAUCUUUGACACUUUAAAGUUCUUCCCUACGAUAUCUGGUAUCCAAAUAAAAGAUGUUGGCAGACCGGACUUCUUCUAUGCAAUAGCUCCUUACGUUAGAGAAUCUCCAAACUUAAGAUUGAUUUCCUUAGAAGCCUGCAACGUUUCCAACGGUUGUGGUGAAUUUGGUGUUGCAUUGGCAGAAAAUCCCAACUUACAUCUUGAAUAUUUGGAUAUAUCUGAUAAUCCAUUCGAAGAUUUAGCACCGAUUGCAGCCGCUUUAAGCCGAAACAAUGGAAAUCUUUGGUACUUAGACUUUUCCAAUUGCAACAUGUCUAAUUAUGCAAUGACAAUUGCGAUGUCAAGUUUAAUUGAAAAUCAAAACCUUUGGGACAUUAUUCAUCUCGAUUUUCGUGGAGCAACAGUCAAAUCAGACUCUGUUGACCUCAUUCUCCACUAUUUACGUACAAUCGAUCAAGCAGAUCAUCAUUCUCUUCGUUUCUUAUCGUUUGGCAAGCUGACAACUCGUUCUGACGAAAUUAUUGCCGCGCUUACUAAACAUACUCAACCAAUUGAGACUUUAUAUCUCAAUGGAUCAAAAUUUGACAAAAAUGGAAUUGAUAAUUUGCUUGAAUUCAUUUCAGAAACGCGAACACUCAAAGAACUUGACUUAUCAGACACAAACCUUACUCCUACUGACAUUUCUGAUGUCAUUACUGCGAUUGCUGAAAAUAGAAAUAUUUUUGAUUUCGAAAUUAAACUUAAUAACUUAGGAUUGAAGGGAGAGCAUCUCGAUACUGUCUUAGAAACAUUUAGCAAGUACUCUAAUUGCAAUUGGACGUGUAUUUCCUUAGAUAAAAACGGAAUGAAACCAAAUGACGUCAAAAAACUCGCCAAAACGUUCAUGAAUAUGCGGAAGCUCACAGGAGUUUCUAUAUCAUGCAACAUGAAGAAGAACCAAUCAGGAAAUGUCGAAGCAAUCGAAAGUUUGUUGAAUUUACCAAACUUGAAGAAGCUCUGGAUCCAUGGAGAUGACAAACAUUACAUUGGCCCGGCCUUGAAGAGAGUAUUUCCGAAGGUAAAAUCGAAAGGUUUGUUACUUUUCGACUUGGCAUUUAAUCAUAUCAAAGACGAAGGCUUAAUUGAGCUCCAAAGGAUGAUAGAAGGUAACUCCAUGUUAUAUGAACUCACAAUCGACGGCAGCCAUCCACACAACAUCGAAACAAUUAAAGGAUUUAUGACACAAGCGGCCAAAAGCAAAUAUUUGAGGAGAAUGAAGUUCCCUGUUGAAGAUGUCUUCUAUUUGGUCAAGCGCCAGUCGAGUAAAGAAGAGCGAGAAAGCGUGUUUCGUGAUAUCGCCAUAAAACAAAACGCAAUUCAAGACCAACUGUUACGAAAUCAGACUCUUAAAGGUCUCCACAGCGAUCUCAGCGAACAAAAUAUCCCAGAACUCGAUGAAAUGCUGGAUGAAAUGACUGCAAGAUGCCAUGAUAGAUUGUCUAUCUUCAACACUUUGAAACACAAUGGUGCUUUGCUUUCUAUUGGACUUCCUUUCCCUAAUUUGAGUGAAUUCGAGGACCAGGAAAAGAAUAUUCAGACAACUGAACCAACAAAGGAGAUGCAGGACUACGGAAUAACAGAUGCUGCUGUUUGGUUGAAUGAGAAACCAGAUGAAACAUACCAGAUGCAUGUCAAGGCUAUUAAUAUAAGAAAAGGUCUUGCAAUGGAAUCUGGAUUGGCAAAGUACGAACCAGAAUCAGAUAAUGACUUCUUCGUGGCUGAAUCUGGAAUAAUGGUAUAA